UCAGUCUGGCUCCAGUCUUGUCACAGUAGUGAGGGGCGCCUUUCCGCUGCUCUGGCGCUCUGGGAUUACUAACCGUUUACCGAAGAAAACUAGCUAAAACUAACACCUCCUGCUCGUUACCGUGUCUUUACCGACUCACUCUCUGCUCUGAAACACAGCCCCGGUUAUGUGUCUGUCCACACUGGACGCACGAAGGAAACCAUAAGAUACACUGACAGCUGCUGGCAGCCUGCACCAACCUGCUGUACUUACCUGCUUGGCGGAUCACCGUUUGAAAACUAAGGACGUUUGUUGAAGCUGCUCUUAGAGGGAGAACCUCAAAGGGGGUUUCAACCCCUGACGCCCCACUGACCUCCCCGUCUUCAAAGCCCCGCCUCCAAGUCCCCAACACGCUGAGACCACUUCCUGAUAGAAGCAGCUAAAUAUUAGUGGAUUGGUGGACGUGCCAAAACCUGUCUGUGGGAGGUGAGUCUGCUGUGGGCCAUGUGUUUCUGGUGAGGUCUCAUCUUCUGCCAAAAUGAGGCUGACGCCUGGCUCGCCUCGACCCGUCCUGCCAGCCAUCCUGGCUCUCACCUUAGCCGCCUUCUUACCUCGGCUGUCCUCCGGAGCCACGCCGUUCCCCCAGGACCUGGAAGCGAUCAGCAUCGUGGGCAGAGAAUCCUCCUACCUCUAUCCCAGCUUCCAGGGACUCAUGUCGGACAACGACACCGUCCGCCUGGGCCUGGACUUCCAGAGGAUGCUGAGGAUCAACCGCAUGCUCUACAUCGCUGCCCGGGACCAUGUGUUUGCCAUCAAUCUUGCCACGUCGUCUGAGCAGAUAAUCCCACAGCAGAAACUGACUUGGAAGACGAAGGAUGUGGAGAAGUGCACCGUGAGAGGGAAAAACAGCGACGAAUGUUACAACUAUAUCAAAGUGCUGGUGCCGCGUAACGACGAGACACUUUUCGCCUGCGGCACCAACGCCUUCAACCCCACCUGCCGUAACUACAAGAUGUCCACACUGGAGCAGGAAGGGGAGGAGGUGGUGGGACAGGCUCGAUGCCCCUUCGAGUCCCGUCAGUCCAACGUCGGCCUUUUUGCAGGUGGUGAUUUCUACUCGGCCACCAUGACGGACUUCUUGGCGAGCGACGCAGUGAUUUACCGGAGUCUGGGAGAAAGUAGUCCCGUUCUGCGUACGGUCAAGUACGACUCCAAAUGGCUGCGAGAGCCCCAUUUCCUCCACGCUAUUGAGUAUGGGAACUACGUUUACUUCUUCUUCAGCGAGAUCGCAGUGGAGUACACUACUCUCGGCAAGGUGGUUUUCUCCAGAGUUGCACGUGUUUGUAAGAAUGACAAUGGAGGUUCGCCAAGAGUGCUGGAACGUUACUGGACGUCAUUCCUCAAAGCCCGGCUGAACUGCUCGGUCCCGGGCGACUCCUUCUUCUACUUUGAUGUUCUGCAGUCGCUGACAAACGUGCUGCAGAUCAACCACCGGCCGGCCGUGCUCGGCGUCUUCACCACACAGGCCAACAGCAUCACCGGCUCAGCAGUCUGCGCUUUCUACAUGGACGACAUCGAAAAGGCCUUCAGUGGCAAAUUCAAAGAGCAGAGGAACAGUGAGACGGCGUGGACACCUGUUCCAGAGGAUCAGGUCCCAAAGCCGAGGCCGGGAUGCUGUGCCGGGGAGGGCUCCGCCGCCGCCUAUAAGUCGUCCACCACCUUCCCCGACGACACGCUGACUUUCAUCAAGUCGUACCCGCUCAUGGACGAGUCCGUACCCUCGGUCAACGACAGACCCUACUUCACCCGCACCACCAGCAGGUACGGCGUCAUCAGAAAUGACCCACAAGCUGAACGUGCUGAAACAUUUGACAGAAGAUUAAUCAGUGACACAGGCCACUUUGUCUGCCAGAGGCUUCGGCCCAGACCUCCGCAGCUCCUCGGUGCCUCAGUAGCGUGUAAAGCCCCCCCGCUGGAGGAAUUACCACUCAGGAAGACCACACCCACAAGCGCCAGCACAACCCAUCAUGGGGCGGCAUUCCCAAAGGAGGCAGGUGACCCUGAAAGAGGUACAGGUCCUGAUGGCCCUCCCCCCGUGGGGGAACAAGGGUCACCUGACUCGGAGCCAAUCAGUGUGGAGAUGGAGGGUGUGAGGCGGCCGCCAGAGCUGGAGAAGACCAAUCAUAGUGUCCAUUAUACUCUCCUGAUCGCUUGUGUUUUGGUGGCCUUCGUCCUUGGCGCCUUCCUCUCUGGCUUCCUGGUCUCCUGCUACUGUAACCACACGGGCCACAAGACCAAGAAGCUGUCGAAAGAUCCUGAGGCCCCGAUCCCGCACGCCCUGUCCCUCCGCAGCCUGGCCAAGCUCAAUGGCCUCCUGGACAGUCAGAGUAAGGACGACAAGCUGGAGGUGUCCUCUCCAAAGAUCUACAACUCGUUCUUCGCCAACAGCAAAGAACAUCAUCCACCAAGGAGAAACGGCCAUCACGCAAUGACAAUGGGAGACCUGGUCCACCCCCAACACCACCACCACCUCCACCACUCCUCAGAGCUUUCCGGUCUGCCUACACCAGACUCAACCCCAGAACUGCCCAUCAAGAGCAUGAAAGCCUUCAAGAACCAGUGGGAGAAGAACCAGAAUUGCAACAAUGCCAAGGAACCAAAGUCCCACAACACUGGCUCCAGGCCCAGCUCAGCCCUGCUUCACCAGCAGGUCUUCCCGUACUCCCAUGGCCUGUCCAAUGGGCAGCCACUCAUCGGAGGUCACCUCCAUCCAGAAGAACGCAAAAUCCACAAUGUUGAACGUGUGCUAUCUCAGCAACCCUACCCUGGUUACUCCCAGAAGGUGAUGGAGGUAACCUCACUGGAUGAGCUCCUGAAGCACAUCCAUGAGGCAAGCAGCAGCAAGAACUCCCAGUUAAUGAGCCCGUCGGGUCUGAUGGCCUGCGGUGGCGGCGCUCAGCUAGCAUUCGCCAACCGCAUCCAACCUCAGAUUCCUGAGACAGAAUCCGCCCCCUACUACAGCUCAUCCACUUUACCUCGAGACAGCCUCACCCGACGUAUGGAUGUUCCUCCGGACAUUCCCUCACACCACCAGUCCACCUUGGAGAGGAGGCACUCCUCCCAGAGGCACUCGCUGAUUGCUGCAGCCACCAAGAUGCCAAAUGGAGUCGGAGGGGGAGGAGGAGGAAUGAUACCUCGCCAGCACAGCUUCAGCCAACGAAACUGUGGGCCCCACCAGCCGCCUCCGCUCCUGGCACGGAUGAACUCAACGGGCAGCGCCUGCGAGGUUCACUACCCCCUCAUUCCCAAUGGGUACCUGACACGCCAGCACAGCUACAAUGGAGAGCAGCCGGAGGUCCAACACAGGGGCGCUAUCGUCCGCCGGGCCUCCUCUCUCAAACCCGACGUCCCUCCCAAGCCCCUGUUCAUACCUGCCACGUCCCCCGUUAACCAACAGGGAAAGUUCAACUACUGAGGAGAUACACUCCUGGACUAGAGAGGGAGUCUCCCUCAUUGUGUCUUCUUAAAGGAACUUCCCUUUGAAGCAAUGCAGUGGGUUCAAGGUUGCAGACCUUCACAAGAAAACCAAUUGUGUGGCAGCCAGUGUCACUGUAGACGAAAGCCUCAACCAAACUUGUUUUUCCCUCUUCUUUUUGUCCAACGAAUAUCUUUGUACCAUAUUGGUAUUGCUCAGCUUCUUGCUUAUUAUAGAACCGCUGACUCAGGUGACGUGACGUCACCUCCUUAUAUUAGGCUGCCAAUGUCCUCAGUGUGGAUUACAAUGCAACUUAGUUUUUGGACGUGUUGAUGUCAGAAGAACUUUACACAUCAGUCAUCUGGAAGACUUAAAAGCCGGAGGCUCCUGCGAUGCUUAGAUUCAUGCUUUUGCUUAACCUUUUCUGAUGUAGUGUUGGUAACCAGUCCCCACCCGCCCCACCCUCGAAUGUGUUUAUAUUAUGCAUGUGUGUGUAUAUAUAUGUGUGUUUAUAUCCACACCGUAUAUGUAUACAUAUACAUAUGCAGUAUAUGUAACCUGUGGUGAAAAGUCAGCGAAUUCCCCUGAAAGUAGUUAUGUCUUUGCCUUACUAUACUCUUUCAUCUUUGGGCAUAUCAAACGAUCCCCCCCCCACCCUCUGAGAAAGAUCUUAGGGACACCAAAUCAUGCACUUCAUCGAUACAUUGUCAGUUGGCUGAACACUGAACCAAAUUUGUUCGUGUUUAGAGAAAGAAAAUACUUCAACAAAGCAGCUAUACUCGUCUUUUUUCUUUUCCCGUCCCAGCAGAUGUCAGAAGUGACGUAAUCGGGUCCAUCUAAGUUCCUCGAGAACGUUUCUAUAACACUGGUGCUCCACAUAUCUAGUGGGUCUAACAUCCUCUGAAAUGGAAAUAAACUAAACUGAACACUGAAAUAUUUUGGACCCAAAGAGGACAAGACAAAAAUACCAUCUGACAAUAUGAGUAUGAAAACAAAACAUAGAAUGGACUGCAGUUAUUAUAAUUAUUAACUCUGUGGCUAUUGGUUGUAAAUAAAGGAAUAAUUACUAGCCAAACUUUAACUGUAUGUGUAAAUGUGUGCCUUAUUUAAUAAUAGUGUGUGACAUGGGGGUAGGGGUUAAUGCAAGGGGCUCAGAUGGCUAUGCUACAGUAUAUUGUAGGUGUUUCAUUUUCUAUGGUCGUCAGUAUGUGUCAUACGGUAUCUAUUGUAUAUUUGAAGAGUUUCAUUCCAGAAUGAGAUGUCUGUUCUGUUAACUGCAAUUAUGAUUGUAACACUCACUAAUGAAUCAUAGCUUGUGUUAUAUAUAGUAUAUUGAGCCCUUUUUUAUUUACAAUUAUCUGUUAUUUUGAGAAGUAUUAAACACCAGAUACAUAUAUUUCAAGAUGGAUACAGUGUUUUGGAAUGAAACCCUUCAUUUCUCUUUGUUUUGGUUUGAUCUUUUUUUUUUAUCCCAAAAGUGGGGGCAAAGCAAGUACCCACAGCCUGAGACUGCAGACACUCAGGUUUGACUGCCUCCGUAUUAUGUCACUUUCCACUGGGUGUCACUUUCCUUAUAGGUGCCAUUGUUCACUUUUGUUUUCUUUUAGCAGUAGCAUUAGCAUCGCUUUGGGUUUCUAAAGGAGCAGCUCACAGUUCCUCUUAAGUUAUCUCCUACAGAUGUGCAGCCAUUGUAGAAAUCAAAGAAGACUGAUGGAGCAAACAUGUGGCAUUUGGUCCAACGCUCAUUCAGAGGAAAGAAAAAACAAACUAGACAUUAAAUUGCAGACAAAAAAGAAAACUAACGAGUGCAGGAUAACUGAGUCUGGACUCCUACAAUGGUUCCCGCUGUAGCUUUUGACUUGCCUGUGUCAACUUCAACAAUGUAGAAAGCAAACCAGAGUGGAGAUUUAGGAAUGAUGUGGCAACAUGGAGAAGUGCAAUGAACUCUGAUCCGACGAGCUGUGAUUGUGUGUCGGAUCGAUACAAUGGUGGAGCCGGUUCCCAGGUGGCCACGCCGCCAAACCUCCACUGAGGGUUCCCUCCUCGGGGAAGAUGAUGCCAGUCUGCUCUGCCUCAGAGAUAUCGCGACUCUCCGCUGGUGCACUUUUCACCACUUUGGCCACAGUUGACUGGAGCUGUGGUCAACUCUGAAAACAGCACUACGUUAUUUACUGUAUCUGAAAGUGGGGGUUUUUAUUGAUUUUGAAAUUUCCCAGCACUCGUUUGACCCAAUUUAAAGUUUACUCCUCCAACUCCAGUAAAUGAAGGAAAAUACGUCCGACCACAUCGUUUGUCAAAGGCGGGGGGGAAAAAAGUAGAUUUGGAUAUUAACGGGCAGCAGAGCAUUAAAUAGCUUUCCAACAACAUAUACAAAACAUCCAACUUGAUUUAAGGUCGUGAUGUUUCAUAAGAGGAAUUGUGGCAGCUACAGUGUGUUUUUGUUUAUCUGCCGGUGACAGAUUGUAAGGGAGAGGCUCUCCUCUGAAAGCUCUCAGUAUUUGAUUUGGUGUAAAUACAUUCUAUCUGGGCGGGGUCUCAUUGAUUCAGUAUUAUGGUUUUCUUUUUCUGUUUGAUUUCCGGGCUAUGCCUCUUGAAUUACUAUGAAUUUGGUCUCACAGAAUACCAUUGUAUGUCUCUUAUACUAGGAAUAAAAUGAAAAUAUGAUGCAAGUG